AUUUUCCUCUCCACCUGUCUGAAUACUCUGAACUUGAAAUUCGUCAGAUCUGACUCCUACUCGUCUUCCUCUUCGAAAUCUAGGUUUUACUGUUUUGGAUCGAUUGGUAAGGGUUUCACACAUUCGAUCGAUCUGCAAAAGAGUGCAACCAUGGUGAAAGGAAGGUAUUCUCGAAUGCCUAACAGGAGAUCGUCUCCGUUAACACUCCUCCUAGCUAUUCUCCUCAUGCUGUCUGUCGUUAUUUUGAUGCUUCUCGCGCUUGGAAUUUUUUCUAUUCCGGUCAAUAGCGGUGAUUCUUCGAAAGCUAACGAUCUCAGUUCGGUCCGCCUUCAGAAUGUCGUCAAAACUGGACUUGGGGAGAGAGGGGAUCAAUGGACGGAAAUUCUCUCGUGGGAGCCAAGAGCCUUUGUAUAUCACAAUUUCCUAUCUAAGGAAGAAUGCGACUACCUAAUUGAACUUGCGAAGCCUUUUAUGGAGAAGUCAACAGUUGUUGACAGUGCCACUGGCAAGAGUAAGGAUAGCAGGGUACGCACUAGCUCUGGAACAUUUCUCAGGAGAGGGCGUGAUAAAAUCAUCAGAGACAUUGAAAAAAGGAUUGCAGACUUCACUUUCAUACCUGUAGAGCAUGGGGAAGGGCUGCAAAUUCUCCAUUAUGAAGUUGGACAGAAAUAUGAGCCUCACUACGAUUACUUUCUUGAUGAAUUUAAUACCAAGAAUGGGGGUCAGCGAAUAGCUACUGUUCUUAUGUAUCUCUCUGAUGUUGAAGAAGGUGGUGAGACACUGUUUCCUGGUUCCAAAGCAAAUUUCAGUUCUGUCCCAUGGUGGAAUGAAUUAUCUGAAUGUGGAAAGAAAGGUCUCUCUGUUAAGCCAAGGAUGGGUGACGCAUUACUUUUCUGGAGCAUGAGGCCCGAUGCUACUCUGGAUCCUUCUAGCUUGCAUGGUGGUUGUCCUGUGAUUAGCGGGAAUAAGUGGUCAUCAACGAAGUGGUUACAUAUCAACGAGUACAAGGUCUAAGCUACUGUGCUAAAGGUUUUGGGAUGAAUUUUCCCGGAUGGUUAUUGCUGUAGUGUACGUAACAAAUGGUGACAAAAUUUUCAGCCACAGCUCAUGUCUUGUUGGGCCCUGAAAUCCAUGAUGUAUCUUACGACUCAGGUGGCUUUAAUUUUGAUAGACUACUAUAUCUCUCCUAACUAGCAUUCAAGGUUGGUUGACGCCAGCCCCUCAUCCAACUAAAGAACAAGAAUUGUUAUACUUCUGGAGGUGUUGAUCUUCAUCAGAGUUAAUUUUUGAAAAGACUUUAGGGGUUAGGGUGCUGAUAAACAAUACUCUAAUACUGAACUGUAAAGCCACAUGAACUUUCAUAUGAAAUUUUUACAAUUUGAUGUUUGAUUUGUUUCUUUUGGCUUCUUCCUCGUUAGCCUACACUGAUUGCUUGCCUUCCA